AUGGCGAAGACGAAUGGAGCGACAUUGAAGUGCCCGCAGGAGUACAUAGAGGUGCUGAGAAAGGCUCUCAUAGGCAUUCUGGCUCUGACUUGCACGUUUUGCUCCCUCCUAGAUGAAAGAGGACAGGACAAAGACCUGUCCAAGGACGUGCAGCCUUACUCCAAGUUCAACCAGAAUGGGUUAAACUGCGAAAUUCGGUUCUCCAAGGAGCUCGGGAGCCUUGAGACUUGGGCUAUGAUCAUGACAACCAACAACAUGACGAAGUUGUACGACGAGUCCAAGUGUGCUUGGUCAGAUGACAUCAAGUUCGACGAACUGGUCGAUCACGGAGGGGCUGCCCGUUUCCUUGUGGUGUAUGAACGAGACGCGAGGUCCAAGGAUGCGAGGAACCCUGUGGGAUUUGUCCAUUUCAGGUUUACCCUCCAAGGUGAACCGGUCGGGGUGGAAGCAGGAGAGCCUGCUCUCUACGUUAUGGACAUUCAGCUGGAGGAAUCUGUCCGGAGGAGGGGAUUGGGGAAGCACCUCAUGACAGUGAUCGAGAACAUUGCUCGUCAGCAGGGAAUGAUGCACAUCCUGUUCCCUGUGGUCAAGGAGGACAGACGAGCGAGAUCCUUCGUUCUCGAGGGACUGAGUGGAUAUGUUGCAGAGCAUCUCGGUGCUUGA